AUGGAUGAAAUCGAUAUACCUCAAUAUUUCCUAUGCCCAAUUUCACUGCAAAUCAUGAGAGACCCCGUCACGACCGUCACCGGCAUCACAUACGACCGCGAAAGCAUCGAGCAAUGGCUCUCAACGGCGGAGAACUCCGUGUGUCCGGUGACGAAGCUGCCGAUGUCGAAAUCCGCCGGUUUGACGCCGAACCACAUGCUCCGGCGGCUGAUUCAGGCGUGGUGCAUCGCCAAUGCGAAGAGCGGGAUCGACAGGAUCCCCACUCCCAAGUCUCCUCUCCACCGCUCAGCCGUGCUCAAGCUCAUCCGCGCCGUGGGCAGCCGCCGGAGCAGCGCCGAGAAUAUGGAGGCGCUGAGGAAACUAGACGGGCUCGCCAGCGACGUCGACGAUGAGAAUCAGCAGUGCUUGGCGGAGGCCGGCGCCGCGAAAUCGAUGAUAUCUUACGUGAUGAGACGCUUCGACGACGGAAAUCUCGCCGGCGUCGAUCUCGCGCUGAGGAUCCUGCGGCUGGUGUGGUCUCCGACGGCCGAGAACAAGCAGAUCGUGGAGGAGAAACCCGACGUCCUUUUCCAAUCGAUUCUAUGGAUUUUGAAUAGCAAAUUGGAAGAUUCACAAAAAACAGACGCGCUAAUUCUGUUAAAAAACGCAGUAGAAAUAUCGAAUUCGAGCUUUUUGGAGAAAUUGAAGCCGGAUUUCUUCAAAGAGAUGGUGAGGAUUUUGAGAUUGAAAUCGACAGCAGCGGCGGCGAAGAGAGCGGUUCUGAAAAUCCUGAUCGGGAGCUGCCCGGCGGGGAGGAACAGAGCGAAGAUAGUGGAGGCGGGGGCGGUUUUCGAGGCGAUCGAGAUGGAGAUGGGCGGCGGGGAGGAGAAGAAGACGACGGAGCUGAUAUUCAGCUUGCUGGCGCAGGUGUGCACGUGCGCGGAGGGGAGGCAGGAGUUUCUGAAGCACGCGGGGGGCGUGGGGAUGGUGGCGAAGAGGCUGAUGAGAGUGUCGGCGGCGACGGAUGACAGAGGGAUGUGUAUAUAUGAGAGUAUCGCGAGGUACUCGGGGACGAGGGCGGUGGUGGGGGAGAUGCUGACGGUUGGAGGAGUCACCAAGCUGUGCAUGAUGAUGCAGGCGGAUUGUGAUAUGUAUUUGAAGAAGAAAGCGAGGGAGAUUUUGAAACUGCAUUCUAAGGUGUGGAGUAAUUCGCCUUGCAUACAGCUUUAUCUCUUCACAAGGUAUUCUAGGUAGCUAAAAAUCAAACUGUAUAUCUUCAUCUCCAAUAACUUUUUGAUUUACUAUAUAAUUUUCAUCACUUUACUUUUGAUU